AUGGCCGUCUGUGCGGAGAAGAAGACCAGCUACGGAAUGGACAUCGUGCUCCGAAUUAUGCCUGAGCUUAACUGCAUACCGGAUGUUUACUCCUACAGCAUUCUUUUCAAGGGUCUCUGCAACGAGAAGAGAAGCCAAGAGGCUCUCGAGCUGAUUCACGUGAUGGUUGAGCAUGGAGGUAGCUGCCAACCUAAUCUGGUCUCAUACAACACCGUAAUUGACGGCUUGUUGAAAGAGGGUGAGGUGGGCAAGGCUUACAGCCUAUUUUGUGAAAUGGUACAGAGGGGGAUUUCGCCAAAUAUUGUGACCUACAACUCAAUCAUCUCUGGCUUGUGCAAGGUUCAUGCAAUGGACAAGGCUGAGAAGGUUCUUCAACAGAUGUUUGAUAGAGAAUUUCUGCCAGAUACUGCCACAUAUACUAGCCUAAUACAUGGAUAUUAUUCAUCAGGACAAUGCAAAGAGGUGGAACAGGUUUUCGAGCACAUGUCUAUAAAUGGUGUUCAACCAAAUAUGAUAACUUACAAUAUACAGAUGGAUUAUCAUUGCAAGAGCGGAAGAUGCACGGAAGCUAGGAAGAUCUUUGAUUCUAUGGUCAGUUUGGGCCAAAAACCGUCUGUUACUACCUACAGUAUUCUGCUUCAUGGUUAUGCUAUUGAAAAAUCAUUUCAUGAUAUGCAUUGUCUCCUUGAUUUGAUGGUAGAAAAUGGUAUCUCACCAGAUCAUCAUGUCUACAACAUACUCAUAUUUGCAUAUGCUAAAGAGGAAAUGGCAAGUGAGGUAAUGCAUAUAUUUACAAAAAUGCGGCAGCAAGGAUUGAACCCUAGUGUUGCGAACUAUGGAGCGGUAAUAAACUUGCUUUCCAGUAUUGGCAGAAUGGAUGAUUCUAUGUCCCAAUUCAAUCAAAUGAUAGCCGAAGGAUUAGCUCCUGAUAUCAUAGUUUUCAACCCCCUUAUUAGUGGUUUUUGUACUUGUGGCAAAUGGGAGAAGGUUCAUGAACUAUUUUCUGAAAUGUUGAAUCGCGGCAUCUAUCCUGAUACCGUGUUCUUCACCACAAUUAUGGACCGCCUUUGCAAAAAUGGAAGGGUUAUGGAAGCCCAAGAUAUGUUUGACCUGAUGGUACACAUGGGUGUUAAGCCUAAUGUUCAUGCUUAUGCCACAUUGAUGCAUGGGUACUUUUUCGUUAGGAAGAUGGAUGAAGUGAGGAAGUUACUUGGCAAUAUGCUCUCAAUUGGCUUGAAACCGGAUGUUUUCAUCUAUACCAUAUUGAUUGAUGGUUACUCUAAGAAUGGAAUGAUAGAUGACGCAUCAGCUGUUUUCACUGAGAUGUUGGAAAAGAAUAUUAAGCCUUCUGCCAUCACUUAUAGCACAAUGCUCUAUGGCCUAUUUCAUGCUGGAAGGACUGUUGCUGCCAUUGAACUAUAUCUCAGGAUGAUUGACAGUGGGAUACACGUGGAUAUUGUGGCCUACAACAUAAUUCUCAGAGGCCUUUGUAAAAACAACUGUGUCGAUGAAGCGCUAAGAAUGUUUCAGAACCUAUCUUCAACAAAUUAUCCACUUGAGGUUGGGACUUACAAUAUUAUGAUUAGUGUGUUGGUUAAAGGUGGCAGAAAGGAAGAGGCCACAUAUUUGUUUGAUGAUAUCUUAGCCAAAGGAUUAGUGCUGGAUGUUGUUACGUAUAGCUUAAUAAAAAAAAGGAGCACUCUAAAAAAGCUUACAGAAGAGGGCUGUGCCGCCGACUCCUAUAUACUAAAUGCUAUUAUUAGAAUGUUACUUCAGAAAGGGGAGGUGCACAGGGCUGGGUCUUACCUAUCCAAAAUUGAUGAGAGGCGCUUCACCCUUGAAGCUUCCAUAGCUGACCUGUUCUUGCUUCAGCGGGGAAUCGUCGGCAAUAUCAGAGGUUUCCUCCUGAAAAAUACCACUCUUAUCUGGAACAGGGAAAUGGUUGAAACCUUGUGUAGCACGGUGUAUUUUUUGUCAGCAAUGAGGGAAACACUAUCUGACAGUUUAAUUUUCUCAUAA